AUGUUCGUCGCCGACCUCCCUUUCCUCCUCCUCCUCCUAUUCUCUCUCCUCGCUCCACCGUCCGUACACUCCACUCCUCCUCCUCCUCCUCCGCCGCCGUAUCGAUCGCCCGCCAUCUUCGCCGCCGACUACGACGACAUGCUGGGGAACUUCAGGAUCUUCGUCUACGACGCCCGCAGGACCUUCGAGUUCAAAUCCGAAGCCGAAUCGCUCUUCCUCGCUUCCCUCCUCGGCAGCCGCUUCGUCACCGAGAACCCUAGCGAGGCCCACCUCUUCUUCGUCCCCUUCGACGGCGGCCUCUCCGAGCGCUCCGUCGCGCGCGUCGUCCGGGACCUCCGCGCGGACCUCCCCUACUGGAACCGUACGCUCGGGGCCGACCACUUCUACGCCUCCUGCGACGGGAUCGGGUUCGGGUCGGACCGGAACCUCCUCGAGCUGAAGAAGAACUCCGUCCAGUUGUCGUGCUUCCCGGCGUCGGGCGGCAGGUUCGUCCCCCACAAGGACGUGGCCCUGCCUCCGGCGGGCGCUGCUCGGGUCGGCGAGGGUGAGCCUCGCGCGCCGCCGUCGGACGGGCCGGCCGAGCACCUGGCGCACGCGAGGCUCGGCGCGAUCAAGGACCCCGGCCUGGCCGGCCGGUUAGCCGGAGAUCGGAACUUCCUGAUCGAGUCCGAGCCGUCGGAUCGGGAGACCUUCGAGCGCCGGCUCGCGACGAGCGAGUUCUGCUUGUUUGACUACGGAGGCGACGUGUCGGGGAUCGGGGACGCGAUGCGGUUCGGGUGCGUGCCGGUGGUGGUCACGGACCGCCCGAUCCAGGACCUACCGCUGAUCGACGUGCUGAGGUGGCAGGAGAUGGCGGUGUUCGUCGGGAGCGGCGGCGGAGCGGCGGGGGUGAAGCGCGCGCUAAGGGGGAUGACGAGGGAGCGCGUGGAGCGGAUGAGGGGAUCGUGCGUGGCCGCGAGCAGGCACUUCGCGUGGAACCAGUCGCCUCAGCCGUUGGAUGCGUUCCACAUGGUGGUGUAUCAGCUUUGGCUCAGACGGCACACGAUCAGAUACGCGCGGAGAGAUUGGAGUUAG